AUGUCCUUUCCGCUUGAUAUUAUCCACGAGGACGCCGGCGAGGAAUGGGCGGACAAUGAGGUUCAUCGCCACUACAACAUGCCCAUGGUAGCCGUGCGAACCAAGCCUCGUGUCCUGAUGCGCUGCAACGUGUGCCGCGACAAUGUUUCGCUUCUAAAGGUAAGGGUCAGUAUCGACAAGUGGAUUAACGCUGAAUAUUUCAUCUGGGAAAUGUCCGCAGGACUAGCUGACAGCGACGUAAGUCCACAGUGGACGGAGUUCUUCGAAGAACACUACAGGGAAAUAUGGAUGCUGGUCCAGAAUGAGUUCGAGGACAUAGCCGAUCUGCCCGAGAGAUUCCUUCACAAGGUUCCAGUCCCGCCCUUCCAGGCCGCAGAGGUGAGAAUCAAGACUAACGAAUUCCUGUGUUAUUGGCGAAUCCGUGCGAACACAGGCCGACACAUGAUUGACACGAGCUUCUGGCAUCUUUGGAAGUUGGUUCUCCAGCAGGACUCGCUCAUCGUUGGUCCCUUUGACGUUAUUCUUAAAGGACCCUUCCACAUUCCUGCCGGGGAAGAUCCUAUUGCUCCUUGGAAUAUGUCUCUACCUCCUGGUCCAAUCAGCCGCGAGGAUCUUUCUAUUCUUGGUCCGGAGCACGCACACCAUUAUAUCGCUCCAUUGGAGUUCAUGUGCCUCCCUGAAGGGGCCCAGCAAGAUGAUAUGCCUCCAGCUCGCCGCGGUCGAUCACGCUCUACCUCAGCUAUGAUGAACUUGUCGCAACGCCUACAAGAUCGUAUGUUUCUGAAAUAG